AUGAGGUCUCCUCCAAAAUACUGUUAUGCCUCCCAAGCUAGUGAUGCGUUCCUUAGCAAGGCUUUAGCCAUGGAGGAUGCAAUGGAAGUGGAUGCAGAUAUAGAGAAUCAGCACGAUCGAUGUCUUGUUAGAAAGCGGCACAAAAAUGGAGAGCUAAACGGUGCCGUCAAGGUCAGAAAAGUCAGCUUGAACCAAGCUGCAGGGGACUUCGAACCAUCAAGAGCCUACACCGAAGUAGCUGGUCGAAUAGCUGAAGUUGAACUGGAAAAUUUCAUGUGUCAUGGGCAUUUGAAAGUGGACUUCGAGACAUCUGAAAACAACUGCUUCUACAUCGGUGGUCCAAACGGAAGUGGUAAGAGCGCUCUGUUUGCUUCCUUGAAUAUCGGACUCGGUGGUAGAGGUAACAAUAACGACCGAGGAAAUUCAGUCAAAAGCUACAUCAAGGAAGGCAGGAACAAGGCAAGAAUUCGGCUGGUUCUGACUAAUAGUGGUCUUGGAAGCCAUCCCGACUAUGGUGACUUCGUGGUCGUAGAAAGAGUAAUCACUCCAUCCGCAUCCACCUACUCACUAAAAAGUAUAAGUGGCUUCGGUAGGAAUAGACGAGAAGUGCUUAUCUCGAAAAAGAAGAGUGAUCUCGAUCAGUUACUGGUUCGUUACGGUAUCCAGCUUAGUAAUCCAAUAUUUUGGAUGAGCCAGGAUAGAUCUAGACAUUUUUUGCAUCAAAUGAAGCCGGAUAGAUUAUAUCAGAUAUUUAUGUGUGCAACGGAGUUGGAGCAUACAAAAGCAUGCUAUGAGCAAUGUGAAGCCAUUGUAUCCUCUAUUGACUCCAUGUGUCGUUCGAUGAAGGGUGAAUUUGAGAAGCAAAAGAAAAAAUAUCAAGCUAUGGUGGAAGAAAGACGUCGUGUCCGAGGCAUCCAGGAUAUGCGGAAUCAACAAAGUGAAAUCGGAUGGAUGCUGUUGUGGUGUCCGCUGCGUGAUGUACUUGAGAAAUUGCAAGUUUUGGAGAAAAAGCGUGAAAAGUUCAUGGAAGAAUCUGGACAUAUACAGAAAAGGAUUGAAGAGACUGUGGCUAAGAAAGACGAAUGCAUCGCUGAAGCUUCCACAAUGCGCCAGAAGGUCAAUGAUGAGACUAAAAGCCUGCAAGAAUUGAAAGGGAAGAUGAAAAUUGGCGAGGAAAGUAUCAGAAAUCUUCGGUAUGAAAUUUCGAAUCAAGAUUCGAAACGUCAUGGUAUGGAAAGAACUAAGGGUUCUAUUGAGCAGCGAAAGUUGCGCAUUAUUGAACAGAUCAAGACAUUUGAAGAAGAAUCGCAAUGUGAGAAGCGGAAAGAAGAAAUCGCUUCUACAAAGGUCAAAAUGGGGAAAGUCACGCAAAAGGAAGCAGAGCUGGUUGAUCGUCUUCGUUCCGCUCAGGAAGAGCGCGAAAAAUGUCAAAGGGCACAUGAGCAAGCAGUGGGCAAUCAAAAUCAGGUCGUAAGGGAGUCUCGCAAGGUAGGGAGUAGAAUGCGUGACCUACAAGAGGAGUUGCAUCGGGCUGAAAUCACGACCAAAAAUGCUGUGAUGAGAUUUGGUGAAAAUGUACCCAGCAUAUUGGAGGUUAUGAAUGCAAACUCCCACAAGUUUGAGCAUCUACCAAGAGGACCUAUAGGAAUGUAUAUGAAGUUGCGUGAUCGAAAGUGGACGUUUGCGGUUGAAGAAGCGACACGCCGGUUGUUGACAUCUUUUGUGUUUCACUCUAAACGUGAUCAUCAAACUUUCGAGAGGCUAAUGAGAGCAAACCGAAUACAGGGAGCCAUGCCAAAUGCUAUUUUUAGCAAGUUCACAACGCCUCCGCAUGAUGUGAGAAAGAAUGAGCCGUCAUCAGAUUGGGACACCAUCCUCAGAGUUGUUGAAAUUAGCGAUAACGUUGUGAGGAACGUACUGAUUGAUAUGGCCUCAAUAGAAGCUACGGUGCUCCUGCAUUCCGAUCAGGAUGCUAGAAGAAUUAUGGAUGGCAACUGCCCUGACAAGUGCGUGCGGGCGUAUACGCCUACAGGUGGUAUGGCCAUGGGAAGAAACCGACGUGGUGAAGGCUUUUACCGUUUCUAUGCUUGUCGAACACCGCCAAGGCCUACAAUAUUGACGGGACAAGACGCUGAGGCUGACAUCGGUGCGAUGAAAUCCGAAUUGAGUAAUCUUCAUUUGAAAGCGGAAGAAAUCCAAGAACAAAUUCGAGAGGCCGCAACAGCAGCCGCAGAGGCACAAAGAGAAGUUGGCAAAGCAAUGCAGCACUAUGGUACAAUCGAGACAGACCUCAAUCGUCUUCGGAGUCAGUACCGAUCGCUGGAACGAAGGCUUGAAGAGCUUGAAAUGGAUGACGACAUGUCGGUUGUAGACAACAUGCGAAAAAGCCUAGACGAACUCAAUAAUCAGUUGGCUGAGCUAGAGGAGGAAUUCGCGAGACUUGAAGAAAGCAGUUCGCAGAAGGAAAACGAAAUUCAAAACAUAAAUGAGGGACUGCAAGCUUUGAAAGCCGAUUUUGCUGAAAUUAAAAGGAAGAUUGAAGAGUUGGAGAAUGAAGAAGAAGAUAUUCUGGAUAAAGCAAGAAGCAUAGAUGCAGCAAUAGAUUCUGAUAAGAGAAGACUGCAACGGAUUGAAGAUUCUUUGAAGAGCAUGGAGACAUCUCGUAGAGAGUUGGAAGAUGAGAAGACGAGUGCAGAGGAGAGGGCUAAACGUAGUGAAGAGCUUCCCACGCCACAGUCAAUGACUAAUCCGCCAGACAUGGAUCAGCUAGGUGAUACUGUCGAACUCGACGAACAGUAUAAAACGCUAACGAUGAAGAUCGAAUCCGCUGAAAAAGUGAUGGGCAAUGCCGUAACGGCUGAGGAGGUGCAGGAGUUCAAAGAGAACUAUGAACGGAUGAAAAAGCACUAUCUGGUACUAAAAGGACUGAACAAGAAACUUUCGGAGUGCAUCCGAAUACGAAACGAAAAGUUUCCCAUCAUGUGCCAUGCAAUAACAAUGCGAUUGAAGAUGACAUUUCAAAGGCUUAUGGCAACGAGGUCUUAUCAUGGUAAUCUCGUCGUCGAUCGCCAGAAAGGAGCGAUUAAUAUAACGGUUGCUACACAUCAGAAGGACGAAAACUCGCAAAUUGCCGCAAAAAGUGUCGUUCAGGAUCUGAGAGGUCUGUCCGGUGGCGAACGCUCAUUCACAACAGCCUGCUUCAUCAUGGCUCUCUGGGAGAUAAUGGAGGCCCCAUUUCGUUGCAUGGAUGAAUUUGAUGUGUUUAUGGACAUGAUAAAUAGAAGAGUCAUUAUGGAUCUACUGGUCAAGUUAGCCACAGAGCAAUACUCACACAAUCAGUUCAUCUUCUUCACACCGCAAGGUAUCAAAGAACUUGGCGAACGAGAGCAUGUACAAGUCUUUGAGAUGCCUAAAGUCCGUGAAUAGAGUGUUUGAAGCACUUUUUAGUAAUGCGUUGUCAUACUUACCUCAAAUGUUAUUGUUCCACUUAAUCCUGUAAAUUAAUCUACGAGUUGCUUUGAGCUUAGAAAGAUCUGUUUUAAAACCCUAUAUUUGUUUGAAAUGGUUUAAUCAUCAACCAUUACAUGUAUAUAACUAAUUUUGUUUCCCCCUCCCCAGGUUUAAAUCAUUGAGUGCAUUACAGUAUUUGUUACCUCUACCCUUGCAUGAUCAAUAUUCCAGUGUUAAAACCUCAUAUGCUUUACAAAUCCUGGUUUCAUUAUCAAAGAUCUUAGCAGUGACUGUCAUGGUUGUGUAUGUCUUUCCAUCACCAGUCAUUGAUAGCGCAUUUGCAUUUUAAUAAUUGAUGUAUUUAUUGAAGAUAUAUCCACAUCUCGUCCACUACUGUAAGAUGAGAAGUUUGUUUGACAAUAAAAUCUGGUAUUAACCAA